AUGGGUCGGGGGAAGAUACCAAUCAAGAGGAUUGAAAACCAGACCACAAGGCAAGUGACUUUCUCCAAGCGCAGAGCAGGACUUCUGAAGAAGACACAUGAACUUUCAGUGCUUUGUGAUGCCCAGAUUGGCCUCAUCAUCUUCUCCAGCACUGGAAAGAUGUGCCAGUAUUGCACUGAGCCCUUGAGGAUGGAGCAAAUCAUAGAAAGGUACCAGAAGAUCACAGGGACCUGCAUACCUGAGCAUGACACCAGGGAGCAACUAUUUGGUGAGCUUGCAAUGCUCAGAAAAGAAACUCGGCGUCUUCAACUAAACAUGCGUCGCUACACUGGUGAAGACAUGAGCUCCAUUCCAUUUGAGGAAUUGAAUGAACUUGAGCAAGAACUAGAACGAUCGGUUGCCAAGGUCCGAGAUCGCAAGAAUGAGCUCUUGCAACAGCAGCUGGAUAAUCUUCGGAGAAAGGAGCGAAUGCUGGAGGAGGAAAAUGGCAAUAUGUACCGUUGGAUUCAGGAACACCGAGCUGCAUUAGAGUAUCAGCAGGCAACAAUGGAAGGAAAGCCAGUGGAGCACCAGCAACUUCUUGAACAAUUCCCAUUUUGUGGAGAACCCAAUAGUGUCCUUCAGCUUGCAAUCCCUUCUCAAAUGCACUCCUAUCAUCUCCAGCUUGCUCAGCCUAGCCUUCAAGGUUCCAGUCUUUAA